GUGGUUUUGUAACGUUUUUUUUGUUGAACCGACGUUACGUGUAUCUAGUUCAUAUUUUUUAAAUUACAAAUGUGUUCAGUGUGUGUGUGUUCGUUUUGAAAGGAUAUUUCCAGUUUAGCGUAUUAGCACAUGCUAACAACUACCGCAAUCAUGGACAAUAACAAGAACUCCACCUUGUGUGACACAUCACACAAUGGAAGUGAAGAAAUCAGCGAUACCAAUAGUUCCGUCGACGAAUGCAACACAAUGAUUUUUAAUAUCACAGGAAACCAUGAAACACUCGAUACAUGCACAUUUACAGAGAUCUCCCCUCGGCCAGUAGUGAACUCAACAAGACCGUCUGUACUAGAAGCAUUUGAUCCCUUUUAUUUUACUUCUAGUCAAUCACUUCCGCUCGACAGUUCGGAAAAUGAUUCGUUUAAGGAAAACUGCGAACACUUAAAUGGUGAGACUGAAUGGAACAAAACUGAAAACUUAGUAUCUGAGAUUAUUAAUAAUGUUAAUCCCGAGGACGAGCCUGAAAUAUUAGUAAACAUUCCAUUAAGUGAUAGUGCGUUGUGUACAAUAGAACCUAUUUCUUCAGAUAACGAUAAACCUGAACCUAAGAUAAUGACCGAUCUCGAUGCGAAAGUACAUCAAUUAGAGGAGGAGCAAGCACAAUUGAAACUUCAAUUAAAUGCGUCUGAGCAGUUAAGGGCCAGUUUAGAGUUGCAGCUAACCCAAAAAGAAGAAAUAGUCAUUAAAACGCAAACGGAAUUGUUACGUAAAGAUCAAGCGACAAAGCAAGAAUUAAAACAGCUGAAAGACAAACUAGAAGAGAAAACCGCAGAAAAUGAGGGCACACCGACGAAGGAAUUACAAGAAACAGUCAAAUCAUUAAAAGCGAGGGAAGCUAAACUCAUGAGUGAAUUAAAUGCACGAAAAAAUGAUGAACACAAUUACAGGAAAAUACUCGAAGACUACGAAAAGGCGUUGACAAAGAAGUCGGACAAUUUACAAAAGGUUAAUGAAGAACACGAAACUGUUACGAAGCACCUUGCAAACUUGGAAUUGGCAUUUUCCGACGUCCAUCAAAAAUACGAACGUUGUAAACAAAUUAUUCUCGGAUAUAAAUCUAACGAGGAUACGUUGCGCCAGGCGUUAGCCCUUUCAGAAGAGAAUCUUCUUAAAAGUGAACAGAAGUACGAGUCCCUAAAGGCGCACGCGAAAGCGCAAAUAGAGAAAUCAAAUCAGGAGGUACUCAUGAUGCGCGACAACUACGAUGGCGAAGUGAAUAAGUUGAAUGCGGUAGUGAAACGUUUAGAUAUAAAAAAUGCGUCACUAAUUGAUUUGCUGGAUCAAAAAAAUAAAGAGUGUGCCGCAUUGGCAGCUUUAUGUGAUGAAGUGACAGGAAAGAUGUAAACGUAUCGACAUUUGUACACGGCUACCAAAUGUUAUUAAUGUAACAUCUUUUCUUUAAAGUUACGUUUAUAAUAUUUGGUAGCUGUGUACAAAUGUUAAUACGUUUAAAUCUUUCCCGUUAUUAAUGUAAAAAUGUAAUAUUUUUUACAAAUCGUCUUUCCAUUACUUCUAUUUAUUACUACUAGAUUUGUAGGAAAUAUUACUUUUUAGAUUAAUAUUGUAUUGUUAUUUUUGUAGUAGUUUACGCUUUUUUAACGUUUUUUUUUUGUAUGUAUUUCCCGGUUUAUUUCAUAUUUUACAAUAUAUUUUAAAUUAAUCGA